UCCACUCUCUCUCUCUCUCUCAAUUUUUUUUUUUCUUUCUGGGUUCAUUUUCUUUUCUUUACAACUCUUGAAUUUAUGACUGUAAUGUUUUCUUGUGUACGAACUGCAUGUAUAUAACGCAAUGUUUUUUUUUUUUAUUUCUGGGUUCUUUAUUUGGGAUUCAAUCGUUAAUCUGAUUAUUUUGCAGAAGGGAAGAAACUCUGAAUUAUUAGGAUUCUGAUAAAGUCAAAUUUUUCCAGGAAAACUUUGAUUAUAUAAAUUGAACUAGAAGAGACAGAAAGAUGAAGUUCGGCAAAGAGUUCAAGAAACAAAAGGUGCCUGAGUGGACUGAAGCUUAUAUGGAUUAUAAUGGCCUUAAAAGAAUUCUUCGAGAAAUCUUGCAAUGCAAGCAAAGCAGGCAACCCUCAACACCAUUGAGAUCCUUACAUCACAGAUUAACAAUGCACAGAGCCUUUAGUGGGCUAGAGCUACCACAAUCUACCGAAUUUCCCAGUAAGGGAGACAUUGAAGACCAAGUUAUAGAUGUUAGUACAUCGCUGGAAGAUGGCUGUAGAAAGUUUUACAAGACUGAGUUCCUGAGAAAGUCUGAAGAAGGGGGAGACAUUGAGGUAAUGUUCUUCAAAAAACUUGAUGAGGAGCUGAACAAAGUUAACUCAUUUUACAAGGACAAGGUGGAGGAGAUGGUGCAUGAGGCAUCUUUGCUAAAUAGACAAAUGGAUGUCUUGAUUGCGUUGAGGAUCAGGCAGCAAAAACAUGAUUUUGAGGGUGCCAAUGCUGAGGCAAGUUGUUCAAAUGACAUUGCUGCUGCAAACCACCCCUUGAGGGACAUUAAUUUAGGAAGGGGGUGUCUGGAAUCAACCCUCAGAGAGGAUACAAGCAAUGAUUCGGAUCCAGAGUCUACUAGCAAUCCAGACGUAAACGAAGUUCAUACUGCAAAUUGUGAUAGUGCUUGCAAAGAGGAGGAAAAUGAUCGUGAACGAGAUCCAUUGAAAAUACUUGAGUAUGUGAAACUUAACAAUACACUUGAGUCACCUUUAUCAACUAUUAGAGGAGUUUUCAAGGAUUCUACAGAUGAGGACCUUUCCUUUAACAAAGAGGAGCUGAGGAAAGUUGAAGAACGACUUAGAGUUGUGUUCAUUGAAUUUUACCACAAGCUCCGUCUUCUAAAGCACUAUAGUUAUAUGAACCUUGCAGCAUUUUCCAAGAUCAUGAAAAAGUAUGAAAAGUUCACAUCAAGGAGAGCAUCCAGGUCAUAUAUGAAAAUAGUGGACAACUCUUACCUUGGCAGCUCUGACGAGGUGAGUGGCCUCCUUGAAAGGGUGGAGGCUACCUUCAUCAAGCAUUUCUCAAACUCAAAUCGCAGGGAAGGUAUGAAGUCACUGAGGCCAAAAGCAAAAAGAGAAAAGCACAGUGUAACAUUCUUUUCAGGGUUUUUUUCCGGUUGCUCAAUUUUACUAUUGAUAGCUGUUGUUUUGAGAAUACAAGCUCGGAAACUGAUGGAAAAGAGGGAAGGGGUCUCAUAUGUAGUCAACAUUUUCCCACUUUACAGUUUAUUUGGAUAUGCUGUCCUACACAAGCUCAUGUAUGUGACAAACAUUUACUUCUGGAGGCGUUAUCGGGUCAAUUAUCCAUUUAUAUUUGGUUUCAAACAAGGUACAGAGCUAGGCCACAGAGAAGUUUUCAUGCUAAGCAACGGCCUUGCAUUACUUGUAUUAGCCAGUUGCCUGGCAAAUUUGCACCUGGAUUCAGGCUCAAAUGCAUCAAAGUACAAGACAGUCACUGAAAUGGUUCCUUUAGGCUUGGUUGCUGUGGUUCUGGUCAUACUUUUCUGCCCUUUUGACAUCAUAUACCGCUCUAGUCGUUUUUUCUUUAUCCGGUGUUUGUUCCGUUGUAUUUGUGCACCACUGUAUAAGGUUACCCUUCCAGAUUUUUUCUUGGCAGAUCACCUUGCCAGUCAGGUCCAGGCCAUCAGAAGUUUUGAAUUGUACAUUUGCUACUAUGGCUUGGGGGAAUACUCUAGGAGACAAAGCAAAUGUCAUAAUCAUGGUAUCUAUAAUGCCUUCUAUUUUACAGUUGCUGUUAUCCCCUACUGGAUUCGCUUUCUACAGUGUCUUCGUCGAUUGUGCGAAGAGAAAGAUGCAACACAUGGAUACAACGGUUUCAAAUACCUGUUGACAAUUGUUGCAGUUGUAAUGAGAACCACUUGUGAACUGAAGAAAGGAAGGACCUGGAUAGUGUUGGCCUUGAUCAGCUCAGCUGUUGCAGUAAUUAUGAACACAUAUUGGGAUAUUGUGGUAGACUGGGGCCUUUUGCAAAAGAAAUCAAAGAACCCUUUCCUUAGAGACAAACUUGUAGUUUCACACAAAAGUGUCUACUUUGCUGCAAUGGUCUUGAAUGUACUUCUAAGACUGGCUUGGAUGCAAUUAGUAUUAGAAUUCAAUCUGCCAAGCCAUCAUAAGAUUGCUGCAUCAACUGUAAUUGCCUGCCUAGAGAUUAUUCGUCGUGGUAUUUGGAGCUUCUUCAGGUUGGAGAAUGAGCAUUUGAACAACGUCGGCAAGUUUCGAGCAUUCAAAUCAGUUCCACUUCCUUUCAAUUACUAUGAUGCAGAUGCUGAUAAGGAUGAUUAAGCAUCAAUAUUAGCUACCUCAAUUCAGGCCACAGUUAGAGGAAGAUCUGCAUUGUCUCUGGCUAACCAUGUUUGCUGGUUCACUUGAUGAAGAAGCUUAACCAGAUAAUCCUUGAUGAUAUUGGUUUUUAGCUGCUGAUGAAUGCAGCAAUUUUUUUUUUCUGUUAAUGGAUGAAUAAAUUGCCUUAAAUCUUUUAAUUAUCUCCAGAGCUGUAAAAAGUUUAUAGGCUGAAGUUUGAAUCUUUCAUGGUACACCAAAUAUAAGCAAAAUUCAGGUAUUCAUCAAUGCAAAAAAUGAUAAAUUUAUGGA